AUGAAUAAUCCGAGAUCCGUUUCUCCAAAAAGCCCAGAUCUGUUAGACGAUCAACGUCAGUCUAGUUGUGGAGAGUUCUCAAGAUUGGAGAAACGGAUCGGAGGGAGGAAGAUGACGUUUCAUUCCAAGUCUAUGCCUCGAGGUUCCAUGUUUCUUGAGCAAGAAGCUUCUAGAAACUCACACGACAAGAGGUAUGACUUGUUCAGGACCAUGUCAGGGAAGCUCGAACGUCAGAUAUCGAAUCUACGAGGGAAACCAACUGAAAGUUCGUUGCACGAGGAUAAAGAAAUAACUGAAUCUUUAACCGCUGAUAGAUACUUCGACGCUCUUCAAGGCCCUGAACUUGAAACUCUCAAGGACAAGGAGAAGAUAGUUUUGCCUGAAGACAAAACGUGGCCGUUUCUUCUCCGGUUUCCAAUCACAUCGUACGGGAUGUGUCUUGGAGUUAGCAGUCAAGCCAUCAUGUGGAAGACUUUAGCAACCACAGACGCUGAGAAGUUCUUGCACGUGACUCAAGUGGUUAACCACGUGCUCUGGUGGAUCUCUCUCCUCCUCCUCAUCGCCGUCUCAAUCACUUACCUCCUCAAAACCAUCCUCUACUUCGAGGCGGUCCGCCGCGAGUUCCGGCAUCCGAUCCGAGUCAACUUCUUCUUCGCUCCUCUCAUAUCAGUCCUCUUCUUAGCACUCGGAGUCCCACACUCCAUCACCUCGCAUCUCCCUUCUAUACUUUGGUACUUCCUUAUGGCUCCGGUCUUGUUUCUUGAGAUGAAGAUUUACGGACAGUGGAUGUCCGGUGGACAAAGACGCCUCUCUAAAGUCGCUAACCCUACAAAUCAUCUUUCUAUCGUCGGAAAUUUCGCCGGAGCUGUUCUUGGAGCGUCGAUGGGGUUGAAAGAAGGACCAAUGUUCUUCUUUGCCAUCGGAUUGGCUUAUUACUUGGUCUUAUUUGUGACUCUCUAUCAGAGACUUCCUACAAACGAAACCUUACCUAAAGAGCUUCACCCUGUUUUUUUCCUCUUUGUGGCUGCUCCGGCCGUCGCUUCCAUGGCAUGGACCACGAUAUCUGAGUCUUUCAAUCUCGGUUCGCGCCUCGCUUACUUCAUCUCCUUGUUCUUGUACUUCUCUCUGGUUGUUCGGAUUAAUUUUUUCCGCGGAUUCAAAUUUUCGCUAGCUUGGUGGGCUUACACGUUUCCGAUGACGGCGGUGGCAACAGCGACGAUCAAAUACUCAGGCGAAGUAAGCGGAGUUGCAACUCAGGUCUUGUCUGUUGUGAUGUCGGGAGCAGCAACUCUGACGGUGAUAGGUGUGCUGGUACUGACGGGGAUGCACGCUUUUGUCCAACGUGAUCUCUUCCCCAACGACGUAGCCAUUGCCAUAAGUGCAGAGCCACCAAAGCAGAAGAGAUGGUUGAAACAGCUCACAAAUGGAAGUUUGGGAAGUAAUAUGAGAUGUCUCAAGGUUUUGGAUAUGGCAUCGAAACGGAUUUUGAAGGAAUUGAAGGAUCUGCAAAAGGAUCCUCCUACUUCAUGUAGCGCAGGACCUGUCGCGGAAGACAUGUUUCAUUGGCAGGCCACGAUAAUGGGUCCAACGGACAGUCCUUAUUCUGGAGGAGUGUUCCUUGUAACCAUCCAUUUUCCUCCAGAUUAUCCCUUUAAACCUCCUAAGGUGGCUUUUAGGACGAAGGUGUUCCAUCCAAACAUCAACAGCAAUGGGAGCAUCUGUCUCGACAUCUUGAAGGAGCAGUGGAGUCCUGCGCUCACAAUUUCCAAGGUGCUGCUAUCGAUCUGUUCUUUGUUGACUGAUCCAAACCCGGACGAUCCUUUGGUUCCGGAGAUUGCUCACAUGUACAAGACAGACAAGAACAAGUACGAGUCAACUGCUCGUACCUGGACCCAGAAAUACGCAAUGGGCUGA